UUCCAGUUUCCAAGAUGAAUUGCUCCCCACCAACAUCACUCUAUCAGUCCUAUCACCUCACCACCAUUCCCAUUUCUGCCACACUGAGCUAUCCUUCUGCCUUCCAAGUCUUUGGCAGCCAUGGAAACCAUUCGUCCCAAAAACCCUCACUUCAUCAAGCCCAUUCAUCAAGGUUUCAAGAAUGGCGUGGUGAGCACAUAUAUCUCCCCGUAUGUAUGUGGAUUUCUUCAUUUCUCUGCUGUUUCGUUCAAAGGCUUUGCCUUUUUCCAUUUUCAGAACAUACCCACAGCUUUCUUGGACAAGUACUUGAAAGGGCAGGGCCUAAAGUUAGCGAUACUGAGAAGGGGGGAUAAGAGUUGGCGGGUGAAGAUCAGAGGGGGCCGGAUGGUCGGCGACGGCUGGGAAAAGUUCGCGGCGGAGAAUGGUUUGAAUGUAGGUGAGUUUUUGGUGUUUAGACAGGAAGGAGAUACGGUGGUGUUUGAUGUAUCGGUUUUCAACCCCACUCGAUGUGAAAGAGAUUGUCCACUUCCCCAUGGUGGCUGCCCUCUCCCUCAGCCUUCCAACAACCUUUGCUCUGAUGCACGAGAUACUACUUCAACCCCGCCUGCUGGUCAUCCUUACUUUGUUUCCACUAUAAAACCGUACUGCCUCAAUAUGCAACAUCUGUAUCUUCCCAUGGAGUUUGCGAGGUCCAAUGGCCUAGUGACAGCAGAAAAGCGUGAGAUGAUUUUAAGAGACGAUAAAGAAAGAUCGUGGUCAGUAGUUGUGGGGAGAGAAGGCCAUCAAUUCAGUCUUCGACGAGGUUGGCAAGCAUUUCGAAGGGCUAAUUGUUUGAAAGUAGGAGAUGCAUACAAGUUUGAGCUGAUUAAGACUGGGAAAACGCCUAUUGCCAAAUUCCAUUUACUAGGCACUACUUCAUCUUCGUCUGCUGAGAAUCCUCAUUUCGUUGACACUAUAAAACCGUACUGCCUGAGAAAGUCGGCCCAUCUGUAUCUUCCGCUGGGGUUUGCAAGGUCGAAUGGCCUAGUGGCUGCAGAAAAACGCGAGAUGAUUUUGAGAGACGAUAAGGAGAGAUCGUGGCCAGUAGUUCUGGGGAGAAUGGGACACCACGUUGGUCUUCUGCGAGGUUGGCAAGCAUUUCAGAUGGCUAAAGGUCUGAAAGAAGGAGAUGCAUACAAGUUUGAGCUGAUUAAGAGUGGGAAAAAACCCAUCGCCAAAUUCUAUUCGGUUUUGAAGGCAAAAACUUGUGUUUUUCUUGCACAUAUGGCAAUGGGACCUAAUGGCGAUUGCAGCAGGUCCCUUUUCUGGAGAAGAAGAUUGAAGGAAGCUGUUGCAGGAAUGGUUGAACCAAUAGCACGAGAUACUACUUCAACCCCGCCUGCUGGUCAUCCUUACUUUGUUUCCACUAUAAAACCGUACUGCCUCAAUAUGCAACAUCUGGUAAGAGUAUCCUCAAAUGCAGAAGUUGAGCAUAUAUGGGCAACAUGUUUAUGCAUUAUAGCUGUGAAUCUUGAAUGUGUUGCAAAACUUCUGCAGUAUCUUCCCAUGGAGUUUGCGAGGUCCAAUGGCCUAGUGACAGCAGAAAAGCGUGAGAUGAUUUUAAGAGACGAUAAAGAAAGAUCGUGGUCAGUAGUUGUGGGGAGAGAAGGCCAUCAAUUCAGUCUUCGACGAGGUUGGCAAGCAUUUCGAAGGGCUAAUUGUUUGAAAGUAGGAGAUGCAUACAAGUUUGAGCUGAUUAAGACUGGGAAAACGCCUAUUGCCAAAUUCCAUUUACUAGGCACUACUUCGUCUGCUGAGAAUCCUCAUUUCGUUGCCACUAUAAAACCGUACUGCCUCAGAAUCUCCCAACUGGAUCUUCCGCUGGGGUUUGCAAGAUCGAAUGGCCUAGUGGCAGAAGAAAAACGCGAGAUGAUUUUAAGAGACGAUAAGGAGAGAUCGUGGCCAGUAGUUCUGGGGACAAGGGGGAAACACGCUGCUCUUCUGCAAGGUUGGCAAGCAUUUCAGAUGGCAAAAGGUCUGAAAGAAGGAGAUGCAUACAAGUUUGAGCUGAUUAAGACUGGGAAAACGCCUAUUGCCAAAUUCCAUUUACUAGGCACUACUUCAUCUUCGUCUGCUGAGAAUCCUCAUUUCGUUGCCACUAUAAAACCGUACUGCCUCAGAAAGCCCCAACUGUAUCUUCCGAUUGAGUUUGCAAAGUCAAAUGGCCUAGUGGCAAAAGAAAAACGUGAGAUGAUUUUAAGAGACGAUAAGGAGAGAUCGUGGCCAGUAGUUCUGGGGAGAAUGGGGCGACACGUUGCUCUUAUGCGAGGGUGGCAAGCAUUUCAGAUGGCUAAAGGUCUGAAAGAAGGAGAUGCAUACAAGUUUGAGCUGAUUAAGACUGGGAAAAAACCCAUUGCCAAAUUCCAUUCGGUUUUGAAGGCGAAAACUUGUGUUUUUCUUGCACAUAUGGCAAUGGGAGCUAAUGGUGAUUGCAGCAGGUCACUUUUCUGGAGAAGAAGAUUGAAUGAAGCUGUUGCAGGCAUGUUCUGA